AAAUGGUUCUCAAGGUUAUGGGUGGUUCAAGAGACUGUAUGCAGCCGUAAUCCGAGAGUCUGGUUUGGCACUUUCUCGACAGAAUGGGAGCUGCUCGCCUGUGUCGCCGCUGCACUGGUAUCUAUGGACGUACUUCACGACUAUCAUGAUCCACCCUGCUACGAGAUCGACUACGUUAUCGCUAUAAAUGCGAUAAGGAGGAACCGUAUCCUGCUCGUGUCCACUCCUUCCACUGCUGGUCUGCUCGAACUGAUCAACACAACCACCGUUUUCGAGGUUGGUGAUCCUAGAGACAAAGCCUUCACUCUUUGGAGUAUGGUGUACCAGGAUGGGCUUAAAAUUUCGUACGAGCAGAGUAUUAGGGAUAUGUUUAUAAGUGUAUCACGCUGGUGUCUACAUUAUGACCUUCAGCUGUUGUCGCUGGCUGGACUGCACCUCGGUCGCGUCAGUAUCGGUGCAUUGCGUCUUCCUUCGUGGUGUCUACCACCAAAUUCGGGAUACUUCCGCCGUUUUGAGUCAGCCAGUCACUUUAAAGCUAUGUUUGUGGACGUGCUGUGGUCAAUGUCGCCCCAAAAUCGAAACCAUUCGAUGAAUCGAGCAGCAUCUAUGUGGUAGAUGCUCUGCUCGUAACGGAACUUGAUGGGUCUGGUUGCACAAAAGUUUCAUGGUCAGUGACUACGGCGCUGCAAGAUCCACUACAAGUUCUCGACAGAGUUAUACGUGGAGCCGA